UUAGGCUAUUUGUUAAAAGAAAGCCUAUCGACACCUUUACCGUUAAUUAUUCCAAUUCGGAAAUCUGACACGCUGUUAUUCUCGCGUGUCAUUACCUACCAACUCAAUCAAAGUCUCUUCCUCUUCCAUUCUCUCUUCUGUUUUCUUGCAAGGAAAAACUUUCUCCGUGGCGCUGAGCCUUCUUCUUCGUCUUCCUUCAACCCCUCUCUCUCUUUCUCUCUCAAUCCAAACCAGAAAGUCUCCAAUGGACCGUGUCGCAUGGCGAACCCAAAUCCUAUCCAAGCACCUCAACAACCCUUCGUCCACCCCAAUUCUCUCUCCCAACCCAUGUCUCAGCUACUCUCCGCCGGAGAUCUCGGAGCCGUUUGAUUUUGAUACCAAAGAGAUGAGAAAGGUCUUGGACGCCCACAACCUCCAGGACCGGGACUGGCUCUUCGGGCUGAUGAUGCAGAGCAAGCUUUUCAACCCCAGGAAUGUCGCUGGGCGAGUGUUCGUGUCGCCGGACUACAAUCAGUCCAUGGAGCAGCAGAGGGAGAUGACCAUGAAGCGUAUUGGGUAUCUGUUAGAUCGUGGGGUUUUUCGAGGUUGGCUGACUGAGAAAGGUGCGGAGGCUGAGAUGAGAAAGUUCGCUUUUUUUGAGGUUAUUGGGAUGUUUGAUCACUCCCUUGCUGUCAAGCUCGGUGUUCAUUUCUUUUUAUGGGGUGGGGCUAUCCAGUUUUUUGGCACAGAGCGUCAUCAUGAUAAGUGGCUGAGCGACACUGAGAGUUAUGCGAUUAAGGGAUGCUUUGCAAUGUCUGAGUUGGGGCAUGGAAGUAAUGUUCGAGGAAUUGAAACAAUGACCACUUAUGAUACAAAUAGCGGUGAAUUUGUCAUUAAUACUCCUUAUGAAUCGGCUCAGAAGUUUUGGAUUGGAGGGGCAGCUAAUCAUGCAACACACACAAUAGUCUUUUCACAGCUCAAUAUCAAUGGGAAAAAUCAAGGUGUCCAUGCAUUUAUAACCCAGAUUAGGGAUGAAGAUGGAAACAUCUGUCCAAACAUUCGAGUUGCUGAUUGUGGUCAUAAAAUUGGUUUGAAUGGUGUUGACAAUGGUCGAAUCUGGUUUGACAAUGUGCGAAUCCCCAGAGAAAAUUUAUUGAACUCAGUAGCUGAUGUUUCUCCAGAUGGCCAAUAUCUUAGUGCAAUAAAGGACCCAGAUCAGAGGUUUGCAGCAUUCUUGGCUCCCUUGACAUCUGGUCGUGUAACAAUUGCAGUCAGUGCAAUUUACUCAUCAAAGAUUAGUUUAGCAAUUGCCAUAAGGUACUCACUGACAAGACGGGCUUUUUCUGUUACGCCUAAUGGUCAUGAAGUCCUAUUGCUUGAUUACCCUAGCCAUCAACGCCGACUUUUACCUCUCCUUGCAAAGACAUAUGCUAUGAGUUUUGCUGCAAAUUUCUUAAAAUUAAUAUACGUGAAAAGAACCCCUGAGUCAAACAAAACCAUCCAUGUUGUUUCAAGUGCACUCAAGGCUACACUAUCUUGGCAUAACAUGCGAACUCUUCAGGAAUGCCGUGAAGCUUGUGGAGGGCAAGGUGUGAAGACUGAAAACCGUGUUGGUCAUAUGAAAAGUGAAUAUGAUGUGCAGUUGACUUUUGAGGGUGACAACAAUGUUCUGAUGCAACAGGUCAGCAAGGCACUCCUUGCAGAAUAUAUGGCAGCGCAGAAGAGAAAUAAACCAUUUAAAGGGUUGGGAUUAGAACACAUGAAUGAAGCUUGCCCUGUUAUUCCAUCUCAUCUUACAAGUUCUACUCUGCAGAGUAGCCAUUUCCAGAUGGAUGCAUUUUGCUUAAGAGAGCGUCAUCUGCUGAAUUGUUUUGCUGUGGAAGUGUCACAGUAUCAGAGACAGGGAGAAACCAAAGAAAAUGCAUUCAUUCAGAGUUAUCAGCUUGCUGAAGAUCUAGGUAGAGCUUUCUCAGAGCGAGCAAUCCUUCAAACUUUCCUCGAUGCUGAGGCUACUGUUCCGGCUGGUUCAUUGAAGGACAUUUUGAGUAAACUGAGGUCCUUGUAUGCAUUAACGUGCAUGGAAGAAGAUGCUGCUUUUCUCCGGUACGGAUAUUUGUCGACGAACAAUGCUGCAGCAGUAAGGAAAGAAGUGGCUAAACUCUGCAGUGAACUGAGACCUCAUGCACUUGCCUUGGUUAGCUCCUUCGGAAUCCCCGAUGCCUUCCUAAGCCCUAUUGCUUUUAAUUGGAUUGAGGGAUAUUCAUGGUCUUCAACACAGAAUUAGCCAAAAAUCUAUCGUCUAUAUUUUUGAAAAAGUGGUGCUGUGGCUGUUCAACUUCAUUGCAAUAAGAAAGUUCACCUAAAUUGUAAUAAUUACAGCAAUUCUGUAACUUUAUGUAACAAUAAAGCGUUCUGUAACUUUAUGUAACAUUAAAGCGUUUCUUUCUCUUUUUCUUCUUCUUUACUACUAUUGUAAUAAACAAUGGAGCAAAGAUGAGAGAUUUUAUA